AUGGACAACAACGAAGAUGGCGACGCUGGUAAAACAAAAAGAAAAAAAAACAAGAAAGACUCGCUCAAAGGUCACAGUGACGCACUGAUGCUACAAGGUGACAUUGACGCACUGACGCUACAAGACAAACUUGUUGUUUCUACAUCUUGCUCACUUCUCCACACUGCUGUGGACCUUGUUAAUGAAACAAAGUUGGACUCAGAGAUCAUAUCAUGGCUUGCAUUUGCUGCCGAAAAGGUUUUUGAAGUUGAUGCAUUGACCAAAGCAAUGUCUGGUAAAAAGGUUGAGGCAUUCUUCUCAGCCAAUGCUUCAGCUCAAGUGUCAAGGAAGUCCUCCCCAAGGGUGACUAAUGAAGCUGUUCAGAAGGUUGCUUCCGCUCUAAAGGGUUCUGAUCACCGGCGUGCUACCAACGUUGGUGCAAGACUUGAUGCACAACAAAAGAAGCUUAAUCUCCCAAUUCUCCCAACUACUACCAUUGGAUCUUUCCCUCAAACUGUUGAACUCAGAAGGGUGCGCCAUGAAUACAAGGCAAAGAAGAUUUCAGAGGAAGAAUAUGUUAAUGCCAUCACAGAGGAAAUUAGCAAGGUUGUCAAAAUACAAGAGGAUCUUGAUAUUGAUGUCUUGGUCCAUGGAGAACCAUAG